UCUCGGGCACCGUAGCUACCCCGGAAAUUAAGCUGGUAACCGUAGUCAAUGACCGUAGUUGUUUCUCGCAUUGACUUUUCGUGAUUUUUAAGCAAACUUCGUGAGUGUUUUCAUCUUGUCAGCGGUCGUUAACGCACUUAGAAGAUAUAACCCUCCGUCAUGUUCCUCACACUCGCCCUGCUGCGGAAAGGCAUCCCUGGGAAGCAGUGGAUCGGAAAGUACCGGCGGCCGCGGCAGAUUACGUGGCAGAUGAAGCGCAACACGCUGAAGAAUCUGGAGCGCGAGGCCGAAAACGAAUACUGGAUCAGCCGGCCGUACAUGACGGCGGAGCAGGAGCACGGCCACGCCGCCGAGCGCCGCGCCAAGGCCUGGAUCAACAUCAAGGAAGCCAAGUUUGCGAAUUUUCCCGAACACAAGCACAUCACGGAUCACCUGAGUCAUCUGAGAAUCACCAAGACGUGGUCGAGUUAACGAGACGACCAGCAGAGACUGUCUUUAUGAAGUAAAAAUGGAAAAUGUUGAUGUGUGUCGACUGAGCAGCCGCCCUGAAAUGUCCACAAAAGUCUGUUUUCACUCCCUGCAUGAAACAAGUCUGUAACUUAUUCCCCUCUCUUGCAGAAACUGACUCUACACAUCAGCAGGACUGUAAUUUCCCCGCUUUCAGUGCAGCUUCUUUGGAUUAAAACUUCUCAAAACGCUA